CGGUUCUUUAAGCAACUCGCCCCAUUACCUACCAUGGAUCUCUCGAAGCUCACCAAAAAGACCCUCCAGGUCUCCCGCGGAUUCACCUACACCUACUACACCUCCCCUGCCCGGGAUUCUAAGCAAACUGUCAUCCUAUUUCACGGCUGGCCCGACAGUGCGUCGCUCUGGGCCGGUCUCAUCAACGACUAUCUCGUCCCGAAUGGCUAUGGUGUUGUCGCCCUAGACUGCCUGGGCUACGGCGGGACCUCCAAGCCUACCGAGCCUGGCUCGUAUGCCUGGCACCAUCUGGCGGCUGAUGCUGUCGAAAUUCUCGACUCCGAAAAGCUGAACAGCGUCAUCUCCCUCGGCCACGACUGCGGCAGUGCCAUGUGUCAGCGACUAUAUAACUUCUACCCCUCGCGUAUAUGCGGAGUUGUCAUGGUGAACGUCGCCUAUAUCCCCCCAACCGGUCAAUUCGACCUUGAUAUGGCGAACAGCAUAGCCAAAGAAGCAUUUGGCUCCAGUAGCUACGAAUACUGGCACUUCUUCACCGCAGACGACGGCGCGGACAUCAUGAAUCAGAGCCUCGAGUCCGUGUAUAGCGUAGCAUUUACCGAACCCCAAACCUGGCUUGAGAACUGGUGUACCCCCGGCGGCAUGCGUAAGUUUGUCAGCGAGAGACGGACGCUGCCGACUAUGCCGUACGCCACGCCUGAACACAGGGCGGAUUUCAUGGAGCGAUUUGGAAAAGAUGGUGGUUUUAAAGCACCAAGUUGUUGGUACAAGGCGUGGACGCUCGGUGUGCAAAAUGAGGCAGAAAACUUGGUGGCCGAGGAUGCGAAGACGAUCGAUGUGCCGGUUUUGUUCUGGGGUGGAGAGCAAGAUGUUGUGUGCAAGCCCGCAUUGCUGCAGCCGAGCGUUGAUGCAGGCUUGUUGCCGAAUUGCAAGAGCGUGAUAAGGGAAGGGGGUCAUUGGGCACUCCUCGAGAACCCAGUUGAGUUUGGUCAGGAUGUGUUGGGUUGGGUGCAGGCGACUCUUGGCUAG